GAUCAACAGUGCCAAGUCGUGGAAGUGGAUGACUUGGCAGGAGUCCCAGGACCUGCUGCACUACGAGGCGGUCGAGGCGGAGCGCCUGAAGGGGUCGGCGUCGGAGUGCCUGAGCACGGUGGAGCGCCGGCUCGCGGACGCGGCCCGGUCGCUGGAGAGCGGGGCCUUCGUCGGCGGCGGCGCGGCGCGUACGCAGAGGCUGGGCCCGCUGCCGCGCCGCGUCGUGCCGCAGUGGCUGGCUGUGGAGGAGGGCGGCGGGCCCGCGGAGCCCUCGGGGAAGGACGCCCGCGUGCUGCCCGCGCUGCCGAUGUGCGGGAUCCCCUGGCCGGGCCACAAGGUCAUGCUGAAGCUCACCGAGCCCAGCCACGUCCAGAUGCACCUGGACAUCCUCGAGUCGGGUUCGCGCCGGAUCGUUGUGCCCUUUUGUCGGACCAGGCCGGACGGACGGGUGCGCAUGGGCGAGAUGGCGGCAGAGGAUCAGCGGGUUACCUCUUGCGGGGCGCUCCUGUACCUGACCAAUCUGGAGGACGUCAGCGAGACGACCAAAGGCGCGUACAGGUUCGUCGCGACACACGUAGUGCGUGGCAGGGUCUCCAUAAGCCAACUGCUCAACCCCGCGGUCCUCUUCUGCAGCGACGAGGAGGCCCAGACCGGGACGGAGUACCUCCGCGCAGAGGUUGACAUCUUGGACGAGCAGGACCCCGCUGUCCACAACGAGGAUGGCCUGCGCAAUCUUCCAGAUUGGGAGCGGAUCGAGGGGGACUGGACGGAGCUCAACGGGCUGUCGGAGGUCCUGGAGGAGCCGAAGCUGCACGGCAGCCGCGCCAUCCGGGACAUAAGCGGCUCCACCUGGAAGGCCACCGCGGUCUUCGAGCUGCUGACGAGGAGGCUGAAGGUGCACCGCCGACACGCGAAUGCCUACGGGGAGGUCCGCAAGUGGAUCAAGGAGCAGCAGAGGGCCGGCCAGCUGCCACAGGCGCUCCCAGUCAGCAGCUGA